AUGAAGCGCCACCCGUCCCAUCCGGCAGCGGUCCACAGCCACCAUCACCACCACCAUCACCCGGGCCGGAGGAAAAGCGACAACAAGGCCAGCACCUAUGGGAUAAACUACCUGCUCUCCAGCUGGACUAACGGCAAUUAUGACAACUCCGGCACGCCGUGGAAGACGAGGAAAUAUAACCCAGGGGUUGACGGGUUGCAUGAAGAAAUCAUGGACUUCUACAAUUUCAUGUCUCCUCGUCCUGAGGAGACCACCAUGAGACAAGAGGUGGUAGACAGGAUAGAGUCGGUCAUCAAGGAGUUGUGGCCAACCGCUGAAGUCCAGAUUUUUGGCAGCUUUAGCACUGGACUCUUUCUCCCAACCAGUGACAUUGACCUGGUGGUGUUUGGGAAAUGGGAGAAACCUCCGCUGCAGCAGCUGGAGCAGGCGCUCAGACAACACAAUGUGGCAGAACCUUAUUCCAUCAAAGUUCUCGACAAAGCUACGGUACCAAUCAUCAAACUGACAGAUCAGGAGACCGAGGUGAAAGUGGACAUAAGUUUUAACGUGGAGACGGGCAUCAAAGCUGCUAGCUUCAUCAAAGAAUAUGUGAAGUGUUACUUACUGCUGUACUUUAAGUCCCAAGCCAAUAAUGGCAGUCUGGCCAUCACUGAUAAAAGUGGGACUCUGGAACUCUGUGUGGGGACGUUGCUUGUGUUUAGCUCCCAGUAUGAAACUUCCGAACAGCUGCAUUUAAUCUACGUCUCACCUCUCGCACGUUUUUACCCCAAUAAAGACAGUGACAGCACUUUGGGCCGCAUAAUUAAAGUCACCCAGGAAGUCAUCAACUACAGGGAGUGGAUCAUAAAGAAGUGGGGUUGCAGACACAACGCCCGCAUUGAGAGGAACAAGGGUCCAUCUCAUAAAGACUCCGUGGGGCAGGUGGAGACAGGCACACUGCUGGUUGUAGGUGUGGAGGACCAGCAGCAGAGGGAAUCUGUGUCUCCUCACAGCGCAGACUCCCCCAUGUCCCUCUCCAGCCCUCAACAGCACUCCUCCGCCUCUUCUGCGUCCUCGCUGUCAGGCAGUGAUAUCGACUCUGACUCCACACCGUAUGUCGCUCCACCUGUAGCCCCCUUCCUUCUCCAGAUCCUGGCACCAGGUCCCCUGCCAGCAGCUCUUCAGAUGGCCACGGGCAAAGCCAGCAUCACGGCAGCACUCACCAUGCCUCCGGCUGCCCAGGCGAGAGUGUCAAUCCCCAGCAAUCUUUCGGUCCACGCUCUACCUGGCAGACAGGUGUGUAUGGCAGAUGGACUACCCCCAUACUUCCACAUGCCCCCCCCUGCAGUCCCCCCAGCUCCCCCCAGUCCCCACCACCAUCCCAAGACAGGUCCCAAGUUCCCGCUGAAGGGCUUCCACAACCCCGCCGUGGUGCACAGUCCCGUCCUUUCCAACCGAGGCCACAUCCAGUACAACCGCCACACCUGGCGCCGCAGGAAGAGGGACAGUCUGCCAGCCAGCGUCAGCAGAUAAAGACCUCGCGCCUCCCCUCCGGAAGCUCCCUCUCCACUCCUCGCUUCCUCUUCCACCCCUCCGGUCCCAUCUUAAAACGACGAGAACUCCUUGAGCCCUCCUACUGAUGGUGUGAGCACAGAGAGACCAGCGUUUGCAACCCAGCUCCUCGUUCAGUAGUUGUGGUGACGGUGGUGCUAAGUAGUUCAGUCUGCCAUUGAGUCUGUGCAUGUAUAUGUCGACUCGUGUGUUUGUUUUGUUUUGUUUUUUUUGUUUAACCUGUGCAGUCUUCCUGAGGAAGCUUCGAGAACAGGAACUGUUUUUUUUUUCCGAUGGUCUAAUCCACAACUUCCUGGUUGACAGGUGAAACGUUCCUUUUUUGUGUAUGUUUGUGUGUGUUUCAUGCGCUGUUGUUUUCCUGUCUUCAUAUUUUUGGUCUAAACGUUACACCCUUCACAUGUGGGACAAACUGGAUUCAGUGGAUUUCAAGUGGUUAUUUGUUUGUUGUAUCGGGGUGUAUGUAUGUGUAACAUUGGCUUCGAAUCCUGCACUCGAUGUUUCCAGAGAUCCCCACCGUAUUGACUGUACACAUCACGCAACCUUAACGUUUUUUGUGCAAUAACUUUCUGUAUUUUCGUUCACUCUGGAAACAUAUUUAAUUUAAGUUUUGUUUAGUUUUUUUUUUUUUUUUCUGUGU